AUGGUUACAGGAGCGUUUGUUAGGACCAGGAUGAAGGUGGUAACAUGUGAAAUUGCCUGGCACAACAAGGAGCCAGUAUACAGUCUGGAUUUUCAACAGAAUGCUGACAGCAAAAUCCACCGCCUGGCCACAGCUGGAGUGGACACCACAGUGCGUAUGUGGCGUGUGGACAGGGGGCCAGAUGGAAAAGCUGUAGUUGAGUUCCUAUCGAAUUUGGCGAGACAUACAAAAGCCGUGAAUGUAGUUCGCUUUUGUCCAACCGCAGAGCUGCUGGCCUCUGGAGGAGACGAUGCAGCCAUCUUAUUGUGGAAGAUUAAUGACAGUAAAGAGGUUGAGCAAGCCCUGUCUUUCCAGGAGGAUGAGGAUUCGCAGUUGAACAAGGAAAGCUGGAAUGUUGUCAAGACGCUCAGGGGGCACAUUGAGGAUGUCUAUGACCUGUCAUGGACAAGUGAUGGGAAUUUCCUGGUUUCUGGCUCUGUGGACAACACUGCCAUCAUGUGGGAUAUACAGAAGGGUCAGAAGAUCUACAUAUUUAAUGACCAUAAGAGCUAUGUGCAAGGUGUUUCCUGGGACCCGCUUGGUCAAUAUAUUAGCACGCUCAGCUGUGAUAGGGUUAUGCGUGUGUACAGUACGCACACAAAGAAAAAGGCCUACAGCGUGAGUAAAAUGUCAUCAGGCUCUGCUGGAGAGGGAGGAGAGGUGAAGAACUUCAGGAUGUUUCACGAUGACAGUAUGCGAUCCUUCUUCAGACGCCACUUUACACCAGACGGCUCCUUCCUCCUGGCACCCGCUGGUUGUGUGGAGACGGGAGAGAACGUAACAAACACCACCUAUGUGUUCUCCAGGAAGAGCUUUAAAAGACCCAUAGCCCAUCUACCAUGUCCCGCUAAAGCCACUCUCGCUGUUCGAUGCUGCCCUGUGUACUUUGAGCUCAGAACUAAGAAGCUUGAAGAUGGGUCGGUGCAGUCGCUGCCCAAUGUGUUGCAGCUUCCGUAUCGCUUGGUGUUUGCAGUGGCAUCUGAAGACUCCAUCUUUUUUUACGACACCCAGCAGACAUUGCCGUUUGGUUACUUGUCCAAUAUUCACUACCACACCCUGAGUGACCUCAGCUGGUCUCGUGAUGGCUCAUUCCUAGCUGUGUCAUCAACGGAUGGCUAUUGCUCUUUUGUGUCUUUCGAUGACCUGGAGCUUGGCACGCCUCUGAAGGAGCGGCCACCGCUGGCCAUCGUUACCCCGCUCACUGCCAGCGAGAAAAAGAGCAAGAGAACAAGUAACGGACGAACAGCUUCACCUGUGCCCCGCACCAACCCUUCACCUGUCACACAGGAGAAAGAGACUUCAUCAGCUACCCCUGAAGAGAAGAAAACUGCACAAGGCCGGAAGGCCAAAUCACAGCCCAGGCGCAUUACCCUUAACACACUGGAGGGAUGGAGCAAAACCAGCACUCCAAAAUCUCCUGCCACACCCAUUGCCCCUCCUACUGGUAGUCCCAGCAUGCCCAAAUCUACCCCCUCCACCCUUCUGCCCACUCGGGGACCUCUUACUCCCAAAACUACCCCAAGCAGCCCGCUCACUCCCAUCAGUGCCAGAAACGCCACAACGCCUAAAGGACCCACCCCUAGGAGAAUUUCUCUGAUACCACUUAACUCCAGAUCUCCAGCUUCACCUCAGACCUUAAUCGCUCCAUCCUCUACUGAGAAGGCCAAACAUGAGAGACCAUCUCCUUCGAACGAUCCAGUGUGCAAGCCUCCUGAGUCCAAGCGGCCUAAAACAGACGAAGUUUCCGCUCCUAUUGUAGACACCAGCUCUUCUCAAAGCUCUGAGCCCUCAGAGGUGUCCAGCAGCAAGUGCAUGGAUUCUUGACCAAUCCCUUCCCAUGUUUUUGUUUAACUGUGUUCAUCUAUGCAGGAACUUCUUCAAAAAGUAUCCCGGAAGUGCAUAUUUGGACACAAUCACGUUGAAAUGAAAACUCAGCCAAACCCUUACAGUGUAAUUUAGAAUACCGGAUGCAUUUAUUAUUUUCUGGUUCAGCAAAGCGUCUUAUCUUGUCUAUUUAUCCUGUUGAGGGUUUUGCAUUGUGUAUUACUUGUAGUUUAGAAGCUAUUUCUAAAUUGUUGUAUCAUCAAUGGGUUCAUCAGCACUGAACUGAUUAUUACUGAUAUGGAAGUAAGUACCAGGGAUCAAGUUUGGGAUACUAGUUUUUAAGAAUUCCUGUUGGUGUAUAAAGGCUCAAACGAUGACUUUUCAGUGGGCAGGUUGUAUUUUCUUGUUUGCAGCAACAACCGCCACAAUGUAGCCUCUUUGUCUGUGGGAACAUGCUGAUUCGUCUGUGCAGAAAACGAAACACACUGAAACUGUGGUGGCAAAAACAAACCAUAGAAGGUGCCAAAUGUGGAACCCUUUUGUUUUAGAAUGUGGGGUGCAGAUUGAGCAGAAAUUUCUACUAAAUGAAAGUAAGUAUUCAAUGUUACUAUUUAGGUUUUAUUUGGAUUCAAACUUUGUUGGAUGAAUGAAUUCAUUAAAAUACUUUUCACUGUC